AUGUUGCAAAGACUUGAUGCUCACAUCAUUGAAAUAUCUACACUGAAUGAAAAAAUAAACAAAUUACCUUUUAAUAAUUCUGUGUUGGCUCCUUCUAAAAUGAAAAAAUGUUGUGAAUCUGAGAUCAGUUUACAAAAAACAUCUGUUUCUAAACCCUGGGUGGGCAUUCCUAUUUCUCAGUUAUCUAAUUCAGAUAAAGAUGUUAAAAUUGAAAGUAACUCAAAUCUAGAUUCUGUUUCUCAUGUUGAUAAAAUUGAAUUUCGUAGUUUAAUUCAAGAUUCCAAUAAUAAUAUGAACUCUGGUGCUGAGGAUAGUGAUGCUGGGUUUCAAAAUGUCACAAUCAGACGUAGAGCUCUGCUUUCAAAAUCUGUAUACUGGAAAGUCAGAAAGAUAAACUUUUCAACUCAGAUAUAUGGCCUCGUCAUGCUAUUGUCAGAGACUGGAUUUUUAAAACCAAGGACAACAAUUCUGUUAAUCAUGGCUGAUCUAAGUUUACUUAAUAAAAUAUGUUGCCCAGUGUUUCUUAACAGUUGCUACAAUUUUAAGUUGGACACUUUAAAGGAUGAUUUAUGCAAUCUGUAUGGAGAUAUUGAUGACUAUAAAUUUAGUAUCCUUCAUUUGAAUGCUAGAAGCCUGUUCCACAAGAUAGAUGACCUUGUAUUGUUUUUAUCGUUUUUCCCAAUAAAGUUCUCAGUUAUUUUUAUUACUGAAACCUGGCUAAAUGAGCGCUCGGCUCUGGUGAUGAAGUUUCCUGGUUAUGAGUUUGUUUUCAACAAUCGAGUUAACAGAAAAGGUGUUGGAGUCGGCAUGUUUAUCUCAAGGAGUUUGAAUUUUGAGACUUGUUACCAGGAUAAUUUGAAUCUUGAAUCUAUUGAAUCAGUUUCAGUUAAUGUACACUUAAACAGAAAUAGAACAAUCAAAUUAAUUGCCAUUUAUCAUCCUCCUAACACUAAUAUUGAUGAGUUUUUUAAAUUUUUUGAGAUAUUUUUACAAAAUUCAGGGUUUUCCACUUACCUUGUUGGUGACUUCAACGUUGAUCUUGGGUCAUAUAUAAAAAAUAAAUUCAAUUUUGAAAUGAUGCUUUCACAUUACAAGUUCCAGCCUCUUAUUAAUCUACCAACUAGAGUCUCAACCUUCUCCUCCUCAGUUAUUGAUAAUAUUUUGACAAAUAUGGAUAAUUCUUAUAAUUGUGGUGGAGUUAUCUCAGAUUUGUCUGAUCAUUUUCCAAUUUUCUGUUUGAUAAAAAGCAAUGAAGAAGUUUCUAACAAUUCAACAUCUACUACCUGUAAUUUCUUGCAUUAUGAUAUACCUAUUAUUAAAAACAUUUUAUCAAAUUUCAACUGGGACCAAAUUAUCUUUGAUUUUGAUGUUGAUAGUAGCUUAAAUAAAUUUUUUGAGGUUUUCAAAGCAGCCCUAGAUUAUGAAACAUCUACCAGGACUCACUUUAGUAGUAAAUUCAAAAAAUCCUGGAUGAAUACCAACCUUUUGAAUCUCUGUAAAGAAAAAAAUAGAUUGUAUGUCAAGCUUGUAAAAAACCCUUCCUUAAUAAAUCUUGCUAAUUAUAAAUCAGCUAGAAAUCAUUUCACUAAGAUGAAACGUGUUGCUGAAAAAAUUUUUUUGAACAAUUUAGUAAAAAUUGUAAUGAUAUCAAAGCAAAUUGGCAUUUAA